CACCUUGAUCCCCUCCGUAAUUUUCUCUCAUUUUGCUUUCUUCCUCUCUAAUCGGCUCCCGUGAUCGCACACUCAGCCUCGCCCGCCGCCUGCUGUCCUCGCUGCUCACAACGAGCACUUCUUACCAACGCAGCCGCCGCGGAUGCCGAUGAGCGCACGCCGCUGGCGCUGGGGACAUCGCAGUUCGGAUGCCGCCGCCGACUCACCCCAUCGUCGUGCGCCCCACCCGUCCGCUCGCGUAUUCUCAUCGAAGAAGACGACUAGAUCCUCGGCCACGCCACCGUCCUCUCCCCGUCGUCGCGCGCCUCCGCCUAUCGUUCCUCUGCAGCUUAUCCAGUCCCGACCGCCGGAGAGUCUCGCUGCUGGGCACAAGUACCUUACAGUCGCGUUGUGCUUCUCCACUGGGGCAGCGUACGUACAUCUUGGAAGUUCGUGUAGAACCCAGCGGAGUUUAGUGGCGCAUAUCAGGUGGAGUGCGCAUAGAUUGAAUUCCAUCCGCUUACAGCCUUGCUCUGGCCAGAGUGGUACUAAAAUGAAGAGUUCGGUGUUUUUCAGCCUCAACAGUACAUAUCAAAUUCAAUUGAGGGUUGGAAAUGGUCGAACUCAAUAUAGCAAACCAAAUGGAUUUCUAAAGCAAAAUUCAAUGCAACCGAGGGGGAGAAUAGCAGCUACACGGAUGUGUACACAUUCUUCUGAAUGCCAAGACCCCAUAAUUAUGCAGAUGGCUUCUGGUCUUGGGCAUGGAAGAUUAGGCAUGGAACCAUUCGGGAUAUUUCACAGUUCGCUCUGCAUAUACUGAGCCCUAAUACAGAGAAAGGUAGAAGGCUAUGUCCAAUGACAUGGUUGGCUGAUGUACUGAGCAUGCUAUUGUUAGUAAGAAAGAUGCUCCUAUUUCGGUUUCCGCCCUGUGGGCAAUAUGGAGCAGUCGGAAUAAGUACACAUGAGGCAAUUCAGUGCAAACAGUGCAUUUCAUGGAGCUUUCAUAAGAGUGUGCGCGCUUUCUAAUUCCCUGGCAAGAGUGUUGCCAGUGAAGAGCAAGCGAAGUGGUGUCCAUCGAAAGCAUGAUGAAAAUAAACAGUGAUGGUGCUCUUGAUUUUCUGGUGCGGACUGAUUGUGUGUGACCAUGAUGGAAGAUUUCAAGCAGCCGCCUGCAAAAGGCAUGAUAACAUAAUAGGUCUAUUUACCAUUGGAGCUCCUGGCAUGCGAAGAUGCCAUGUUGUUGACCCAAGAAAGAGACUAUCAUAGAGUGGUGAUUGAGACCUAUUGCCAGUUAGUUGUUCAUCUUUGGCUGGAUAGUUAGGAGGAGCUAUCAAUGGGUGCUCAGCUAAUUCAUGAAUUGCAGGCCUACAAGUCUUUGUUCCGGUGUUUGGAGCUUCUUUUCACAAAGCGAGAGAGGAAUAAAGCAGCCCAUAGAUGUACAAGUCUUCAUUUCAGAUCCAUGGUUUUUGUGUCGACAUUAUAGGCACUUGUUUGGUCUAUGGAAUAAAAAUAUGGACUUAAACAUAAAAAAUAAGAUAAAUCAUUGAUUGAACAAAA